CGCCAAAUGUCAAACUAGAGCCUUUUAAAAUAAGAAAACCAAAACAAACAAACGCGGAGGGUUUUGUUGAUUCAUUUUAAUUUAUUGUACGUACAGUAGGUAAAGUCGUGUCAAUAUAACAUCCUCAAGCAGAGCAGUGCCAAGAUAGAAGAAUGUUCGUUGUUUUCUAAGAUGAGCCAAUCAAGUAGUUCAAGUUGGCAAGGUGGUAGAGGAGGAGGUGGCAGGGGUCAAGGAUGGCGUGGUGGAGGUGGUAGGGGAAACUGGCGUGGAAGAUGGAGAGGCAGAGGACAGUACUUUAGAAAUUAUGGAAAUAGAGGUGGAAAUAGAGGUAACAGAGGUGGAGGAAUGAUGCCCGAUCCCCAGUCUAGCCAGCCUAGAAGACCGACCAUGGUUCAGACAAAAAUCGAUGUAGCGUCACCAUACCAUGGCUGGAAACUCUACUUUCCAGAUGAAGUAUAUAAUGACCACUCAACCUCCGUCCAGAAGGUUCAAGUGUUUGAGAAAUAUUUACUCAGCUGGUUACAGACUUUUAAUUUGGAUGACAUAGAAUUAAAGGGAAGUUUUACUGUGGAUUACAAAGAAUUGAUCUCGGAUCAAGGUGUAUGUGAAAGCUUGCCAGAUUUACAAACAGAUCUUAAAGACAUGCCCCAGAAAGUGCUGUCAUGUAUGGGCUUAGCAAUGCAUCAGCACAUAAGUCACAAGAGGUUACGAGAAGCGAGGGACGCAGCAGUAGAGAAUGGUACAGAAAUUUCACCAGAUGAUUACUUUGUACCGUUUAUACAUGCGAGAAUACUCAACUAUGGAACAGCUGUACCGUUAAAAAGCUUAAAGGCAAAUUAUUACGGCAAAUUUGUAUCGGUGAAAGGAACUGUGGUAAGGGUCAGUAAUAUCAAACCUCUGUGUACAAUCCUGGCCUUUGAAUGCAACAACUGUUCCACCAUUCAGACUUUAAAUUUACCAGAUGGGAAAUAUAUCCUACCUACCUCUUGCUCCUCGUCUGACUGCAGAGGAAAGGUUUUUCAACCACAGCGCAGUUCGAGCCUCACUGAAACUAUUGACUGGCAGACUAUAAGGUCAACUAUUGCUUUAAAACGUAAGAAAAUAUCGCUUCUUUUUUAUUACAUUGACAAGAAUCUUAAGUUUCUGAAGAAAUUAGGUUCCCAUUAUUUUUACCUUGAUCACCGUGUAUUGUUUUCAGUGGACAGUUGUGUACCAGGGGACAUUGUCACAGUGUCUGGUGUGGUCAAAGUCAACAGUGUAGACGAAGGAAGAGGAAAGAACAAAGAUAAAUGUAUGUUCUUAUUGUAUGUUCACGCAAACUCGGUAAAUAAUACAAAGGGGAAUAAGUCAGGCAGUGAAGGGCUGGCGAUGGAUUUUACGAUGAAGGAAUUGUAUGGAAUUGAGAUGAUACACAGUGAAGAGAACCUGUUCCGACUGCUAGUCGGAUCAUUGUGUCCUAGUAUAUACGGUCAUGAGUUGGUAAAGGCUGGUCUAGUGCUUGGUUUAUUUGGAGGUACCCAGAAAUUUUCAAAUGACAAGAACAGAAUUCCUGUAAGAGGGGACCCACAUCUGCUUAUCGUAGGAGACCCCGGUCUAGGCAAGUCACAGAUGUUACAAGCUACAGCCAAUGUUGCUCCAAGGAGUGUAUAUGUGUGUGGGAACACAACAACAACUUCUGGAUUGACUGUGACAUUAUCUAAAGAUGGCGGAUCUGGGGACUAUGCCCUAGAAGCUGGGGCGCUCGUUCUGGCCGACCAGGGAUGCUGCUGUAUUGAUGAGUUUGAUAAAAUGUCAAACCAACAUCAGGCCCUUCUAGAAGCUAUGGAACAGCAAAGUAUCAGCAUUGCAAAAGCAGGGAUAGUAUGCAGUUUACCAGCGAGGACUUCGAUCCUAGCAGCUGCUAACCCAGUAGGAGGGCAUUAUAACAAGGCUAAAACUGUUGCGGAAAAUCUCAAGAUGGGUUCAGCUUUGUUGUCAAGGUUUGAUUUGGUCUUUAUCCUGCUUGAUAAACCAGAUGAGGAGAUGGACAGUAUGCUGUCUGAGCAUGUGAUGUCACUUCAUGCUAAACAAAACAGAAUGAGUGUCACAGGAGCAACAAGUUCGAUUAUGAAUGAUUCAAUAUUACUUUGGGAGUCGGACAAACCUUUGAGUGAAAGAUUGAAAAUAACCAGGAAUCAGCCUUUUGAUCCAAUUCCUGCUCAGCUUUUAAGAAAGUAUAUAGGUUAUGCUAGGAAAUAUGUUCAUCCAAAGAUAGGAACAGAUGCUGCGAAGGCCAUACAAGGUUUCUACCUGGAGCUCCGCAAACAGCACCAGACUCAGGACAGUACUCCGAUUACUACCAGGCAGCUGGAGUCUAUGAUACGGCUAACUGAGGCUCGAGCCAGGCUUGAGCUACGAGAGAUGGCAACUAAAGAAGACGCUGAGGAUGUGAU